AAAAAGCUAAAGACCGAAAAGAUUGGUCAAGUCUAGUUCGGGUUCAAAACAGCAGGACAAGAAAUAAGUCAAAUAACUCACCUCACUAUGGCAUAAGCUACUUGCUUGUUGUUCAAAAAGAAAAGAAGAAAAAAAAGGCAUAAACCUUUACUUUUCCACCAUCUCAUUCUUCCACCCAUCCAACGUGUUGUGUUAUCUUAGGAUUUUGAGGAUUAUUGGAAAGAGGGCAAGCAAAUGAGUGUGAGCAGUGCAUCGGUCCACCCGGUGGAAGCUCCUCCUCCUGCAGCAGCAGCUCCAGAAGCUACACAAGCGCCACGUGUGAGGAUGGAAGAUAUACAAGGGAUGCCUGCAACGUUACUCGGCCUCACACUUCGUUUCUUCCAAUUCUUCUUCGCAGCUGCUUCCCUCUCCGUCAUGGCCUCUACCAACGAUUUCCCUUCCGUUUCCGCCUUCUGCUAUCUAGUUGCAGCCACUAUCCUGCAGAGCUUGUGGAGUCUUGCACUAGCCACAGUUGAUGUCUAUGCCAUUAUGGUCAAGCGUUCCCUACAGAACCGUCGUCUCGUUAGCUUGUUUGCAAUUGGUGAUGGGGUGACAUCGACGAUGACAUUUGCAGCAGCGUGUGCAUCAGCAGGGAUAACGGUUCUGAUAGACAACGAUCUGAAUAGCUGCUCGGCAAACCACUGUGUUCAGUUUGAAACAUCAACUGCAUUAGCCUUCAUUAGCUGGUUUGCUGCUCUCCCUUCUUUUCUCUUCAACUUCUGGUCUCUCGCUUCAUCAUCCCGUUGAAAUUAAAAAAGACUAGACUGAACACAAGAUCGGUUUCCACCCCUGUGUACAUAUAGUGACUGGUUUUUUCUUCUUUCUUUUUUGGGAAUUGUUUUGUAAGACCGACCUUGUUUGUUUUGUUGUUGUAACACUGACAAAGAAACUUACUAAGCAACGGUUGCGGAUUAAACAACCU